AUGAAUAGAAGAAAGGUCGAACAUUUUCUGGAACUGAGGAAGAAAACAAUAAGAGGUGGCCUCCAUGGCUUAAACCUCUGCUUCGAGAAAAGUUCUUCAAGCAACGCAAAGUCACACAAGAGUGAGUGUAACAUGUAUUGUUUAAACUGUACCAAUGGUCCUCUUUGUUCUCUCUGCCUCUCUUCCCACAAGGAUCAUCAUGCUAUUCAGAUAAGGAGAUCGUCGUAUCACAAUGUUAUAAGGUUGUCGGAGAUUCAGAAAUUUCUGGACAUAACAGGGGUUCAGACAUAUGUGAUUAACAGUGCUAAGGUUGUGUUCUUGAACGAGAGACCUCAGCCUCGAUCGGGCAAAGGUGUUGUCAAUACCUGUGAAGUUUGUUAUCGCAGCCUUGUCGAUUCCUUCAGAUUCUGUUCUCUUAGCUGCAAGGUAACCCCAAAAAGCAUUUUAUGCUAUGGCAAGAGUUGA